AUGUCAUCAUUCGGAAGUUCAACAAUUGCAAAUGGUGCUUCACUGGGUAACAUAUUUGCCAAUCAAUCCAAUUUUGGAAAUUUUCUAGGAGAAAGUCAACUAAAUGGUAAUAACCAAACCAAUUUCAAAGCAGCUUCGGUUUUCAAUAAUGACAAUAACAAUAUCAACACAGGAUCACCUGAAAAGAAUGCAAAUACAAAGAAAACACAGAAACAAACCAACAAAUCCUACCAAAAUGGGAAAUCAACAUCUACAACAUCUAAGCAAAUUUCAAAUCUACAGGUGUUCAAAGAGAGUGAUAUUGUUGCAACUGGAGCUUUAUUCGAACAGCCUGAGCGACUAGGUUUUAAUCAUAGACGACCAACAGAAGUAAGAUCAAUACCGAAAUACUUUUUAACUCAACCAAAGCUUUUGUAUACUCCUGAAUUUGUUCAAAAUCCUUGGGAUCAAGAAAAUCAAAAUAAAUUGACUUUGAUGGAAGCAGAGAAUGGUGGUAGAGAUUAUCAAGGAUUGUAUGAAGACAUGCAAAAACUUCGAGAAAUAGAAAGAACCAAGAUGGAAGAGUUGGGAUUAGUAGAUGCUGAGAAUGUAGCUAAAGAUUUAACAGAAGCCAUAUCGUUUUCUGGUUCUUGUCUUGAUAUGUGUCCAGUAUUUGAAAGAGUGAGAAGACAAUUGGAAAAUAAUGUGAAGGCAUUGGAAAAAGAUCCCAUAUCAAACAAAAUUUCACGAGAGCGUGCAGUUAAAGCGUUUUCAAGACCAGCUGCUGGUCAACCACCGCCAUUACCAUCGGAUGUUAGACCGCCACAUGUUUUGAGUCAAACAUUAAACUAUUUGGUUGACAAUAUUUUACAACAGCUUCCAGAAGCACAUUCAUUUAUUUGGGAUAGAACACGGUCUAUAAGACAGGAUUUUACGUAUCAGAAUAACUUUGGUCCAGAGGCGGUUGAUUGUAAUGAAAGAAUUGUCAGAAUACAUUUAUUGUCAUUGCAUAUAAUGGCAGGCAGUGAUGUAGAGUAUUCCCAACAACAAGAAUUGGAACAAUUCAAUAAGGCGUUGCAAACAUUAAUGGAAAUAUAUCAAGAUGUCAGGAAUAAUGGGGGCAAGUCUCCGAAUGAAGCUGAAUUUAGGGCUUAUCACUUAUUAAGUCAUGUAAGGGAUCCUGACUUGGAAAGACAAAUUCAAAAGUUGCCUGAUGAAGUAUAUAAUGACAAAUUGGUACAGCUAGCAUUAAGAUUCAGAAAGAUCACUACACAAAACAAUGUUGUUGAAAGGGGAGUAACGAAUCUAGUUGGUGCAUUAAAUCUCUACACUGAAUUUUUCCGACUUGUUUACAGCGAGGAAACACCUUUCUUAAUGGCGUGUUUAUUAGAGACCCAUUUUAACGAGAUAAGGUUUUAUGCACUCAAAGCUAUAUCCAGAAGUUUCCACACAAAGACUAAACCUUAUGCAAUUCAACGAUUGCAGCAAGUUUUGGGAUUUGAUUCUGUACAGAAAUUACAAAAAUUUCUCGGUUACUAUGAUAUCGAUAUUAUCAACGUUAAUGGCGAAGUAUUGGUUGAUUUAUUCAAUAAAGAGAAAUUGGAAACCACGUAUAAGUUAAAUUCAUUCCAUGAGAAAGCAAAGUAUUCUCCACCUUACUCAACACAAUUGGAUGACAAGGUCAAGGGAUUAGAUUGGAAACAUUUUGUAAAUAGUGGACGUCCGAAUACCGGGGUAGCAUUUAAUUCCCAACCACCCACAGUGGAAAUAACUUCCAAACCCCAACAAUCUGGCUUUGUUAAUCUCUCCAGUUUCAAGAAGCCCGAGACGGUCAAUACUUUUGAUUCUACUAGUUUGCAAUCGCAACCGCAACCGCAGCCUCAACCACAACCACAACCUCAAGCCCAAUCUCAAUCUUUCCAAAUACCGAAUAACGCUCCUCAUAAGAAUAUUUUCAACUUCAAGCUGGAAAUUAGUUCAGCACCCGGAUCAAUAAAACCUAGUAAUGUCAAUUCUAUUAGUUCAGCCACUGAGCCAGCAAAGCCCGUGUUUCUGUUCCCGUCAAAUGAAAACACCAGCAAAAGUAAUUUGAAACUGAAUGUUCAGAACUCACAGCAACCAGUUCAAUCUUUUAAUAAACCGGUUCCUAAUUUUCCCCUGCCGACAGAGUCUAAUUUAAAUAAAGUUCCAUUAACGGCCCCAUCAAGUUUAUCGUUCGGUUUCACCCAACCACAGAAGGAGAAAGAAAAAGAGAAAGUGAAACCGUUAGAGCAACCGGAUACCAAAGUGUCGAUUCCUGCUCCCGUUAGGACUUCUCUAUCAGUUGUCCCUGAAAAAGUAAAAUUGACUCAAUCAAAGAUGUUUCCAUUGGCUCUCCAACAAGUAUUUGAACAGAUAUUACAGGACACAAUUAAAUCAGAAUUACAGGUGGUUCUUUCCAAAUUAUUAAGUAAAUAUCAUAAUGAAUUGGAAAGAAAAAAGGUUAUUCAUUCAUUAGGGUCUGAGCUAUACGAUGCCUUUUUAAGAGAAGUUAUGUAUGAGUGUGUUUUAGAAGCUCGAGCAGCUCAAUUUUAUGAUUCCCAUUUGAAAAAAAGAAAAAUGAAGGUUAUUAUUAGGAAUUCCAAAAAAGCUGUUAAUAAGUUGCGUGAAAAGAAAAUGAAAAUGUAUGAAUUGAAAUCGGUGACUUUUGAAAAAUUAAAGAAAAACAAAAGACGACUUUCAAUAAGUAGUUUUGAAAGUAACUCUAGCUUUAGUAAGAGAAAAAGACAUGAUAGUUUUGAUGUAUCUGUUAUCAGUGAGAAGCAACAUGAAGUUCAUGAACUAUGGUCUCCAAUCAAUUUGUCAGAGUUUUUAAAAAAUUGCUCAGAGAAUUUAAAAUUGAAAAUUUAUCAAAACAAUUUAGAUUUGAAGUUUUUAUUAAUUGUGGAAAAUUGGAGAACCUCGUAUGCCAAAUGGUUAAACUCAAAAUUGGGGUUAAAGGCGAAUAUGACAUCCUCUGUGCUUGAGAAUUCUAUCCUGAAUGACAAAAUAAAUUUGCUUAUUACUAGUAUGCCCAACAAAGAACAAUUGAAUGAAAGUUUUUUUGCAAAUACAGCUUUCAUAUUAUUUGAGUGUGGGUUAACCAUUUCAAGUGUCACUUCAAUUCAAGAAAAAUUGCAAGCUGAUGGGAAAAUCUUGAAAAAAAUCAUAUCGUUGAUUGAUAAAUAUAGUCGCUAUAAAGUACUGAUCAUUAUUAGUUUCUGGGACGUUAGUGGGUCGAGUAUAACAAGCUCAGAAGUUGCUGAUUUAUUACAUUUGACACAAUAUUCAUCGGUGUCUAAUUUGAAGAGUUUGGUAUUGUGUGACAUGACAACUAAAAAUGGGAAUAUCAAUACGAUUUUGUCGCAAGCAUUCAACAAAGUCAGUUUAGAGUUUAAUGGUGAAUUAAGUUCAACGGGUUCAAAACGUGAAUAUAAUGAAACAAAAUUGAAGCUGCUGCAAACUCAACAGCACAAGCUACAGAAAUUAAAUCAUAGUAUUCGAAACCACAAGAUUCUAAAUAUAGAUAAUCUGAAUUAUAACUCAUCGAUUAUAGAAGAAAGUACUCCAUCAGCAUCUCCUAAACGCAAAAAGGUUGAUGAUAAUCGAGCCAAUACUAGUUUAAGUCAAUUACAAGAUUUGACUGCAGAAAUCAGAAGAAAGUAUAAAAAGUAG